CGGCGGCAGCGUUGGCGGCGGCGGCGGCGCGAACGGCGGGCGCCGAAGCCGAGCGAGCAGUCGAGCGGGCGGCGUCCCGGGUCGGGCGCACGGAGGGCGGCGGAGGUGCUGCCCGAAGCCAUGGUGAUCAUGUCGGAGUUCAGCGCGGUCCCCUCGGGCACCGGCCAGGGCCAGCAGAAGCCCCUCAGGGUGGGCUUUUACGACGUGGAACGGACCCUGGGCAAAGGCAAUUUUGCCGUGGUUAAGCUGGCGCGGCACCGAGUCACCAAAACGCAGGUUGCAAUAAAAAUAAUUGACAAGACACGGUUAGAUUCUAGCAAUCUGGAGAAGAUCUACCGGGAGGUCCAGCUCAUGAAGCUCCUGAACCAUCCGCAUAUCAUCAAGCUGUACCAGGUUAUGGAGACAAAGGACAUGCUUUACAUUGUCACAGAGUUUGCAAAAAAUGGAGAAAUGUUCGAUUACCUGACUUCGAAUGGGCACCUGAGUGAAAACGAGGCUAGGAAGAAAUUCUGGCAGAUUCUGUCGGCAGUGGAGUACUGUCACAACCAUCACAUAGUCCACCGGGACCUCAAGACGGAGAAUCUGCUUCUGGAUGGCAACAUGGACAUCAAGCUGGCAGAUUUUGGAUUUGGGAAUUUCUACAAGCCAGGAGAGCCCCUGUCCACGUGGUGUGGGAGCCCCCCAUAUGCAGCUCCUGAAGUCUUCGAGGGGAAGGAGUAUGAAGGCCCCCAGCUGGACAUCUGGAGCCUCGGCGUGGUGCUGUAUGUCCUCGUCUGUGGCUCCCUUCCUUUUGACGGGCCCAACCUGCCGACACUGAGACAGCGGGUGCUGGAGGGCCGGUUCCGCAUCCCCUUCUUCAUGUCUCAAGACUGUGAGACGCUGAUCCGUCGCAUGCUGGUAGUGGACCCCGCCAAGCGCAUCACCAUUGCCCAGAUCCGCCAGCACCGAUGGAUGCAGGCUGACCCCACCCUCCUGCAGCAGGCUGACCCCACCUACUCCAUGCAGGGCUACACCUCCAACCUGGGCGACUACAAUGAGCAGGUGCUCGCCAUCAUGCAGGCCCUCGGCAUCGACCGGCAGAGGACAGUGGAGUCCCUGCAGAACAGCAGCUACAACCACUUCGCUGCCAUUUACUACCUCCUGCUGGAGCGCCUCAAGGAGCACCGAAGCAACCAGCCCUCAUCCCGGCCCAGCCCCGCACCUCCCAGGCAGCCCCGGCUCAGAAGCUCGGACCUCAGCAGUCUGGAGGUGCCUCAAGAAAUCCUCCCAUGUGAGCCUUUCCGGCCCUCUCUGCUGUGCCCGCAGCCCCAGGCAUUGGCCCAGUCUGUCCUGCAGGCCGACAUGGACUGUGACCUCCACAGCUCACUUCAGCCCUUAUUCUUCCCUGUGGAUACCAGCUGCAGUGGCGUGUUCCGGCACCGUUCCAUCUCCCCAAACAGCCUACUGGACACAGCUAUCAGCGAGGAGGCCAGGCAGGGUCCCGGCCUGGAGGAGGAGCAGGAGGCCCAGGAGCCCUUGCCUGGCAGCACAGGCCGGAGGCAUACACUGGCUGAAGUCUCCACCCAUUUCUCCCCGUUCAACCCUCCUUGCAUAAUCGUCUCCUCCUCUGCCACAGCAAGUCCCUCAGAAGGAACCAGCUCUGACAGCUGCCUCCCAUUCUCUGCUAGCGAAGGUCCCGCGGGGCUCAGCGGUGGCCUGGCCACCCCAGGGCUGCUGGGCACCAGCUCUCCAGUCAGAUUAGCCUCGCCUUUCCUGGGCUCCCAGUCGGCCACCCCUGUGCUACAGGCUCAGGCAGGUCUGGGCACAGCUGUUCUACUUCCUGUCAGCUUCCAGGAGGGACGGAGGGCGUCAGAUACCUCACUCACUCAAGGGCUGAAGGCCUUUCGGCAGCAGCUGAGGAAAAAUGCAAGGACCAAGGGGUUCCUGGGGCUGAACAAGAUCAAAGGGUUGGCACGCCAGGUGUGCCAGUCCUCCAUCCGAGCUCCCCGAGGAGGCAUGAGUACCUUCCACGCCCCUGCCCCAAGCUCAGGCCUGCAAGGCUGCACGGCUGGCGGUCGGGAAGGCAGGAGCCUGCUCGAAGAGGUGCUGCACCAGCAGAGGCUACUCCAGUUACAACACCACUCAGUCACUUCACCUGGCUGCCCGCAGGGCCCCCAAGCGUCCCCUGUCCCAUACAUGCUCACUCCCUGUGACGGCCUCCUCGUGUCUGGGAUCCCGCUGCUGCCAGCACCGCUCCUCCAGGCUGGCGUGUCCCCUGUGGCGUCUGCUGCACAGCUCCUGGAUACCCACCUGCACAUCAGUGCUGGCCCAGUGGCUCUGCCCGACGGACCCCUGCCACCGUGCCUCACCAGGCUGGCCCCGAGCUGUGACCCUGCUGGGCUGCCCCAGGGGGACUGUGAGAUGGAGGACUUGACCUCUGGCCAGCGGGGGACAUUUGUCCUGGUGCAGUGAGGGUGGCCCUACCGCACCCCGCACCCCCCUGUGCAGUGAGGAUGGCCCUGCUGCACCCCGCACCCCCCACGGCCCAUUGACUCUUCCAAGCAAUAAUUUCAGAGUAUGUGAAGAUGGUUUCGGACUCAAAGCCAAGAACUUUCUAGAAGUGAAACAAGCAAUAUGUUUGGUGUAUGGGCUUUUUAGGAUUUUUGUUUUGUUUUGUUUUUUUCCUUGCACUGAGUGACCUCAAUGAUGAAUAGGGACUGAAACUUUCUGAAGAAAAAUAAUAAUUGAGGGUGUGUCAUGUGGGUGGGUGGAGGGGAGGGGAAGUGAGGUGAGGGAGAAGAGAGGGGCCACGCUGCUCGGGAACCUACACUCCUGUCUGCAGUUCAUCAUCGUAACUUGAUGAGCUCGGAUGUCCCCAGAGGGAGCAGCGCCGAGUGUGGCACAUGCCUGUGUGUUGGUUGGCGUCGUUUUGGGUUUGGGUUCACAGCUCUCCACUUCUGAAAUGGUUAUGCUUUAACAAAAACUGUGAACUUGCUGCUUUCCGUGUGGGUUUUAGAACAGCCAGGAUUGGCCUAGGGGAAGACCGUUGUCGGGAUUUCCCUGCCAGCCAGAGGACAACCUUGUCGAAUUUGUGCUUGAGUUUUAUAGCUGCUCAAGUCAGUUUGCCAGGCUUAUUCAGAGGAAACCACAAAGGACUGGAAGGGGUAGGGACCUGCAGGUGGGCACUCGGUCCCAUGGUCACUUGGCCCAGAGCCCCUCACACCGCAAGGAAGCCAACAAGUUCCUUCCUGCCGUGUAUCUUGACUCCGCUGCUAAUUACCAGAUUUUUACGCAUUUCAUUAUCAGGGUCCAACAAGAGCACCUGACGGGGAAAUUGUGCAAUACCAAGGGGCUGUGACCAGAAGGGCCCAGGCAGCCAGCGGGCAUCUUGGUUAUGACCACCUGCCUUUAGUCUGGGACCUUUCCUAACACCCUGGCACCCAGGCCUGGGCUCCGUCUGGCUGGCUUUCCAGGAAGCUGAGUAUAGGUCAGUGUUUGUAAAGUUUCUUUUGUAAGCAAAUACUGUAUAUGUAUAUAAAUAGGAGACAGACACUACUUAUUUUUUCUAUUUUGUAUACACUUUUGUGUUCCUGGCUUAAACCUCCCUUGGUCACAUUAAGAAGUGUCCCCAUCUGCACCACGUUUGUGUUGAAGGGGCCGCAGGCCGCCCACCUCCACCCAGGGUAGAGGUGUCAGGAAAGGGGCGGUCCCCCUGACAAGGGCGGGUCUACUUGGUAGGCACAGCUCUGUCAUCUGAAAGCCUCUAGAAGGAACCAGGGAUGCCGCCCCUUCCCACCCGCUCUGUGUCAGGCGUCUGUCCCUCUGCCUCCCAGGUGACUCCACUAUGGCAUCUCACCACCGCAGUAUUAGCCUGGGGUCAUUAAGGGAGAAGAAAGGAGGCACUUUUAAAAGCCAAAGAUUGAAUGACCGAGUUACCCGAGGCCAGGAAGAGGCUGCCCUCAGCCUGACGUCACAGCACGGCCCUCCCUGUCGGCCCUGUGGCCCAUCUUGUACCACUUGCUCUCAAGACAGGUGAGAGGCCAUUCUUCUGGGUCAGAACUGGUGCCCUCCAUAGAACAAGCCAAAAAGCGUCCCUCCUGCCGACUCACCAGACGUGUGGAUCGGGGAAGCACCCAGCGGCCUGGGCAGCCAGCGCUUGUCUCCCACAGUUCCUGUCUGGAUACCACAGAUCAAAGGCCUGGCCACUGCUGUGUGUCAGAAGCGACAAGCACUUUACUUUCUGGCAGUUUCUGUGUCUUCUAGUCACUGUCGACCCUCUCUGGGGGACAGUAACGUCAUGGUUUUAAGUUCUUGUUUUUUUGGCGUGUGUGGUGUGUUUUUGUAGAUCCUCACAGCCCUGUCCUGGACUGUAAUGGAAUCGCCUAUUUAAAGACACUACGUGAUCUCGGAUGUAUAUAAUGGUUUGUUUUGUUUUUGCUUUUUUUUUUUACUAUGAUGGAAUUGUUUCAUUUCUCAUGUUAAUAUGAGAAACGUAUGCCAAAUGAUUAGUUGAUGUAUGUUUUUUUAAUUUAAUAUUUAAAUAAAAUAUUUGGGGGGAAACCCUGACUUUCCCUUG